AUGACAGGGAUCAGCCUUCGAUAUCGCGUUGCAACACCAGAAGAUAUUGGGCUUCUUCUUCCCUUGAUCAACUCAGCUUAUCGCGGAGAAGAAAGUCGCGCCGGCUGGACGACGGAGGCCGACCUCUUGAUAAGUGAACGCAUCGAUGCUUCUGGCCUGUUGGACAAGAUUCAAAGCCCAGACACCGUGAUCCUCCUGGCUGCAGACGGAAAUGAUGUCCUGGCAUCUUGCUGUGAGCUGGUCUGGCGUCCUGAGAAGGGCAUUGCAUAUUUUGGUCUCUUCGCCGUGAACCCUAAACGUCAAGGAGGCGGCAUCGGGCGUCAAGUCUUGUUAUAUGCCGAGGACUACGCAUCGCGACAAUGGGGUGCGUAUAAGAUGGAAAUGACUGUCAUCUGGCUGAGAGAGGAGAUUAUUGCGUGGUAUGCCAGGAGGGGAUACCGAAAGACUGGCGAGACACGUCCGUUCCCGUAUGCUGAUAUUGGGAACGGGAAAGCCCUACGGGGUGAUCUUUACUUUGAGGUGUUGGUGAAGGACAUUCAAGAGCGUAACUAG